AGGAGUGGUCGAACAUCUAAUAUAGAUCUCGUCAACUAAAGUGCAAGUGAAAAAAUAACACUAUGACUUCAGACAAUUCAAAUUUAAUAUCUUAGAGACCAAGUCAUAUGAUGUAACACAUCUACUUUUAAUAAAUUGCGUGCGUAAAGUAUUAGUGUUCAAAUAACUAUUUUGUUCAUUUCUGUAAGUUGUGAUUUUUAGGUAACUGGUUUAAAGGGUAAUUAGACGAUUGAAUGAACUACUAAAGUAGUGGUCCUAGUGGACGAUGUUGUUGUUGUCUUCGGAGUAAAUAUAGAACGACGACACGCAAGGAAUUGUCAUGUGUGUUGUGUUUGCUAAUUUUAUUUUCGGUUUUCAGAAGUUUCAAACUUUUCAAGCUACAAAAUGAUAUCGGAGGUUGAAUUUAAAUGAGAUCAUGUAAUGUUUCUUUGCUUAUGACCCUACAAUUAAGAGCGGUCGGAGAAUUAGAUUAUAUAACGUGGAUCAAUGGUAUGGACACAAACACUUGAGCGAAGCCAAAUAAUACUCAGAUACUUGUAUUACUCGUCUUAAUUUUAACACCAGUAGAACGUAUCAUACAUAGGAUCAUAGGAGUAUAAUGCAGUUCAAAGAUAUUUCCAUGUGGAGAUGAAUAGGCCAAGUUGGAGUCUCAAACAAACAAACAAGAACCUAUUGAAUCAAGUUGGUGAUUGUAAUUAAUUGAAACAUCGUUUUGCCAAUAAAUGCAUAUAAAUAUUUUGUUAGUUAUAUAAACAUUUCCCUUUUAUUUAUUGAUUUCUGACGACGAAUUUAAGACUUACUUUAGAAUUUGUUUGCACCACUGCACACCAAUCUUUGGUGAGUAAACUUAUGCCUUACAAUGCUUCGAACAAGCAAUCUCACAGGUUUCUCUUUCACAGCCGACGUAUCUUCAAGUUGCCACGGUCAGGUAGCUUUUAUUAACAGGCAUAGAAACCGAAGAAGCCACAGACAAAGGGAGUUAGAGAGUGAAGUGUGAAAGGACUCAACUUUGAACAUUAACACAUUGCCCUGUUUCUGUGUUUGUUCACUUUUUCUCUUACACACACUCUCACUCCAUUCCUUCUCUCUCUGUCAAUAAUUCAACACGUGGCCACUCAUCUGGGACCCACCAUUCACCUCCCGGUUUAUAUAAACCCUGAACACUUCAUCCCUCUCAAACCAUCUCUCUCUUCUCUCUUCUCUCUUCUCCACUUCAACAAGAAAAGCAAAAAAAAAACAUCAAACUUCACUUGAAAGCACCAAUACUGACUAAUCAUAUUUAAAAUGACUUCUUUCACGGCGACUACGGCGGUUUCUCGGAGAUUGGUCGGUGGUAAUCAUACUAAACCACCAUUAUCGUCUUCUCAAAGCUCCGCCUUGAGUUAUUCUUGCUCCGUACCCAUGACAAAUCGUUCCCAACGAAAGCUCAAUGUUUCUUCUGCGCUUCACACUCAUCCUGCUCUCCAUUUCCCCAAGCAAUCCUCCACCUCUCCCGCCAUUAUUGUCAACCCAAAAACCAAAGAAUCUGACACCAAACAGAUGAACUUGUUCCAGAGAGCGGCGGCGGCGGCGCUGGACGCGGCGGAGGGUUUCCUCGUGAGCCACGAGCGACAGCAUCCCCUCCCCAAAACCGCCGAUCCUAGCGUUCAAAUCGCCGGAAACUUCGCUCCGGUGAACGAACAGCCUCUCCGGCGUAACCUCCCGGUGGUCGGAAAAAUACCGGAUUCCAUCAAAGGAGUGUACGUGCGCAACGGAGCCAACCCGCUUCACGAGCCGGUGACAGGUCACCACUUCUUCGACGGAGACGGGAUGGUUCACGCCGUGAAAUUCGAAGACGGUUCAGCUAGCUACGCUUGCCGGUUUACUCAGACCAACCGGUUUAUCCAGGAACGUCAACUGGGUCGACCGGUUUUCCCCAAGGCCAUCGGCGAGCUUCACGGCCACACCGGUAUUGCUCGACUCAUGCUAUUCUACGCCAGAGCCGCAGCCGGUUUAGUCGACCCGGCUCACGGAACCGGAGUAGCUAACGCCGGUUUAGUCUAUUUCAAUAACCGGUUAUUAGCCAUGUCGGAAGACGAUUUGCCAUACCAAGUCCGGAUCACUCCAGGUGGAGACUUGAAAACCGUUGGCCGUUACGAUUUCGACGGGCAGUUAGAAUCCACAAUGAUCGCCCACCCGAAAGUCGACCCGGAAUCCGGCGAGCUAUUCGCUCUAAGCUACGACGUCGUUUCAAAGCCUUACUUAAAAUACUUCCGCUUCUCACCGGACGGAGAAAAAUCGCCGGACGUCGAGAUCCAGCUCGAUCAGCCGACGAUGAUGCACGACUUCGCGAUAACAGAGAACUUCGUCGUUAUACCGGACCAGCAAGUCGUCUUCAAGCUCCAGGAGAUGAUCCGCGGCGGCUCUCCGGUGAUCUACGACAAGGAGAAGGUCGCGAGAUUCGGAAUUUUAGACAAAUACGCGGCGGACUCGUCGGGAAUCAGGUGGAUCGAAGCUCCGGACUGCUUCUGCUUCCACCUCUGGAACGCGUGGGAGGAGCCGGAAACAGAGGAGGUCGUCGUGAUCGGGUCGUGCAUGACUCCGCCGGACUCAAUUUUCAACGAGUCCGACGAGAAUCUCAAGAGCGUCCUCUGCGAGAUUCGGCUCAACCUCAGAACCGGAGAGUCCACUCGCCGUCCGAUCAUCUCCGACGGAGAUCAACAAGUCAACCUCGAAGCAGGGAUGGUGAACCGGAACAUGCUCGGCCGUAAGACAAAGUUCGCUUACCUCGCUUUAGCCGAGCCGUGGCCUAAAGUCUCCGGUUUUGCGAAAGUCGAUCUCGCCACCGGAGAAGUCAAGAAGCAUCUCUACGGCGAUGACCGUUACGGUGGAGAGCCUCUGUUUCUCCCCGGAGAGGGAGCAGAAGACGAUGGGCACAUCCUCUGUUUUGUUCACGACGAGAUGACGUGGACGUCAGAGUUACAGAUAGUUAACGCCGUUAGCUUGGAGGUUGAAGCGACGGUUAAACUUCCGUCAAGGGUUCCGUACGGGUUUCACGGCACAUUUAUUGGAGCCAGUGACUUGGCGAAUCAGGUGUAAAUAUACACAAGAAUAUACACAUAGUACGUGAGAUGGUUAAGAAGCUUCUAGAAGAUUAAGAGAGAGGGAUUUACCAGUGGGAUGCUUUGCAUAUACGUCCCCGGAAUCUUCUCCUCUUGUGUGUUUUUUUUUGGUUUUGCUCUGUUUUUUUUUUUACUUUUGGGGUGCGGUUUCUAGUUCCCUUUUUUAUGGGGGUCAAUCUAGAAAUCUGAAAGAUUUUGAGUGACCAGUUUGUAGCUUUUGGGCUGUAGGGUUAGCCUAGCCGUUCGAGCUCAGCUGGUUUCUGUUAUUCUUUCACUUGUUGUUGUUCAUAGUGAGAAGUGUAUAUUUAUUAAACACAAAACUUUGUUUAUAUGUGUACUGUUUCUAGCAAAGAUUAAGCAGCAUUGUAGUCGAUUUUAAAUACCA